UUGUUGUCUUUCUAGUCUGUGUCUGAUCCUAUAAAGACUACAACAGUUUAAUGUUUAACUGUUCUAUGAGUUUAAAAAUACAUGUAUGUAUUGUGCUUAAGUUUUUAAGGCUUCUCUUAUUGGAAAUAUGUUUUCAACUAGCUCACAAAGAAAGUUUUGGACAUUUAGUGACGAAAAUGAGUUAGCAUGUCAUCGAGAAAAGCACAACUUAGAGUUUAUUUCAAGACAUGGACAGAACUUAGAUGAACAACAACGUUACAAUUAUUUUUUAUCUCCAGAAGAGGAAAGACUUUUAUUAAAGCAGUAUGAGCUUCAUUUAAAAGAAUUCUGUAAAAGAUUCCAGCCUCCUAUGCCUAAAGGCGUUAUUGGUACAGCGUUUCAUUACUUCAAACGUUUCUAUCUUUACAAUUCUUCUAUGGACUAUCAUCCCAAAGAAAUUCUCGCUACAUGUGUCUAUUUAGCAUGCAAAGUAGAAGAAUUUAAUGUAUCCAUUGGACAAUUUGUUGCUAACAUUAAAGGUGACAGAGAAAAAGCUUCUGAUAUUAUUUUAAAUAAUGAAUUACUUCUAAUGCAGCAGUUAAAUUAUCACUUGACUGUCCACAACCCUUUCCGCCCUGUUGAGGGUUUCCUUAUUGACAUUAAGACAAGAUGCUCUCUGGCAAACCCAGAGCGGUUACGUUCAGGAAUUGAUGAGUUUCUAGAAAAAGUCUUUCUCACUGAUGCUUGUCUUUUGUAUGCUCCUUCACAAAUAGCAUUAGCAGCUGUGUUGCAUGCAGCCAGUAAAGAACAAGAGAACCUGGAUAGUUAUGUGACUGAUAUGUUGUUUAGAGAUGCUGGACCUGAUAAGUUAGCAAUUUUAAUAGAAGCCGUUAGAAAAAUAAGAUCAAUGGUUAAAAUGGUUGAGAGUCCUGCUCGUGAAAGAGUAAGAGCCAUCGAAAAGAAAUUGGAUAGAUGUCGAAAUCAGGAGAACAAUCCUGAUAGUGAGAUAUAUAAACAGAGAAUCCGAGAAGCCUUAGAUGAGGAUGAUGUGCAGUACACUGGCACUAGUAGAAUGUCAUUAGAUACAAGUGGAGUGACACAAGUGUUGUCUCCAUCAGCAUCAUAAAUUUAUAUAUAUAUUUAUUGUGACUACUAAAUGCUUGGAAACCUAGUUUUAAUUUAUUCUCACUUUGACCUGGUUGUUGGUGUUGUAAAUGACCAUAAGGGAAACUAAAUUUCUUUAUAGCCACACUUUUUUUUAUCUACACUAUAUGUAUAUACUGUUACAAUUAUUAUAAGUUUAUUAAUUAUUCACACAGAAUUGGUUAGUUUAAGAUUUUAAAGAUUUAUUUUUUUCUUUUUUAGUGGUCCAGUUUUUGUAAGAACACCUUUUAGGGCCUCCUCCUCUUUUACACAAAGAGUGUAGAUAAAAAAAAACAAAUUACAAUUAUGAUAUUGUUUUAUAAAUCCAGACGGUACAAAACAAUACAAUUGCAUGGUUGGAGAUACAAUUUUAUCAUUGUCAGAUUUGAAACUACAUAUAUGCUAAAUUCAAUAACUGCUAAGCUAAACCUAUUGUAUAUAUGACUACUAUAUCUGAAUUUGUUUAAUUUUUAAAACCCACUGACCAAUAAAAAUUGAAACUUGAA